AUGGAUUACACUGAAUCAAUAACCGAUUCAACAGUGUCGUUAUCGAACGUGAGCAGUCCUUUUUCAAACGUCGGAAGUCCUCCAGAAGCGCCCAAUGUCGAUUCGCAAUUCGUCAAUAAGCACAACAUCUCGGCUGAAAUUUAUCAGUUGUUCAAAGAUGAUGUCGAUAUGCUACUAUCCGGCAAAGUACCGCCCAACGAACAGCCACAACUUAUUUCGAGAAUCGUGAAUACAUCAAUGGAAUUAUACACGGCAUUGGAAGAAGAGAAACAAUAUCUGAUGGGUGAUGUGCUAUACUCAUGGGCUGCAAGGCAACAAAAACUUAGUAUUGGUACUUUAUGGACACAGCAAGUGCAUUAUCGGGUUCUUGACACCAUCCAUCAGCAAUUCGAGUAUUUCGGCGAGCUAUUGGAACAAACGAUGUCGGGAGUUAGAUAUCUACAAGAGAGAUUUGGAGAUGACACAUUCAAUUCGUUAUAUUCUAAGUUACAACAAAUGGCGCAUUACUUCUUGUACUAUUCGAUUAUUGUAUCAAGACAACCACCAUCAGUGAUCGUUAAAUGUGGUGAGGCUGAGAACCAUCGCAGGAGUCGAUUUUGGUUCAAUACUGAAAUCAGAGUGCUCGGUGGUCAUGCGUUUGGGGUGGAUCAAGAAGGUGACGGUGUGGAGAUAAAAUGUUUCUUGAUAACGGACGAUACGGCGCGACAACUGUUGAACAAUGCUUAUCAUGAUAUUUUCGAGAACGAAGAAUUUGCGAUCGAACCUCCGUCGUCCGUAUUUGAAAGCAAAGAAGGUCGAGGUGUGAAAGCCAAAUUCGAUGAUAUGCGUGUCGCUAAAAAGGGCCAACUGCGACGUGAUUCAGUUGCAACGAAGCGAUACUGCCUCUGCUACAGCAUCAAUCUGAAGGCAGCGCACGGUAUCACCCUCAUUGGUAAAAAGGUCUCGUUACCAUUCGCUGUCUUGGUUGGUCCGAAGAGUGACGUGGAGGCGAGAUUAUUCUUGGAGAGAUCUUUUGCUGAUUUGGUGAGACGUCCGUUGAGUGACAUACCGACAAGUGUUGACUAUCGUGAAUUGGCGGAUGCGUUGGAGAUGAAAUUCCAAGCGAUCGUUGAAACACCUCAAAAGUCCACUGAUGGUCCAUCCAUAAUAAAACCGAGAAUGUUCACUGAUCACGAAAAAGAACACAUUAUCAUGAGACUAAAACCAGACUCGAAUGGCCAAGUGAACCUGGAAAAUUUUUUGAAAUUAGCUGUUUGUCAAGAGUUCACAACAAAACGAACGUCGAGUGAUGGCGAAUGGAAAUUGGUGGCAUUCUUUGAUUGGUUCUUCAAAUUAGCCGAAAUUGUGAAUAAAUAUCUUUAUCAGAUGUGGAUGGAUGGAUUGGUGUAUGGAUUUUGUGGAAAAGAUGAAGCAGAAGAGUUGCUGAGAGCGUGUCCUCGAUCUUGUCUUCUUGUGCGAUUCUCGGAUGUAGAAUAUGGCAAAGUGAAGAUCAGUGUUCGUUACGAUAACGGAGUGUUACAGCAUCACUGGUAUGACCAUACGGAUUUGAAUGCCCGAUCGUUGCACAAAGAACUGCUGUCGAACCAUAAAUUCUCCGGAAUCGAAUGCAUAUAUCCCGAAAUCAAUCUCGAAACUGCACUCGGCGGUCGUCAAAGACAUCACACCAAUCGCAAACCACGGAUACUGAACCCAACACCGGUUUAUUUCGAUAACCAGGGUGCUGCCAAUUCUGCUUUUUGA